AUGGGUUCAACCAAGUUUACAAAUCCAUAUGCUAUUGAAGUAAUCCGAACUAAAAGGAAAGAGUUAGUUGGUGGCAUCUCCAACACGGAAGAUUUACUGGACCUUCUGGUCUCUAAUGGAGUCCUUCUACCUGAGAACAAAGUUCUUGUGUCCAGCAUUACAGCACAAGAGGAAAAGAAUUCCCGAAUGCUGAACAUCCUGGUGUCACAAGGGGAGAGGGCAUGUCGCAUCUUCUUCUACCCCUGUCUGAAGAGUGCUCAACCUGACCUCUACCAGAACUUGAAAACCUGUUUGGGCCAGCUGAAUGAAAACUUUAAGGAUACACGAAGGCAGUUGAUUGGAUAUCUGCUAGAAAAAGAUAGAGAAGGGCCAAUAAAAAAAUUACAGGACACAUCUAGGAACCCUUUGAAUGAAGAAGUGGAGCAUAAAUCAAAAAAGACAGAGCUGCCUUCUUCCUCAGAUGAGUUAAAGAAGAGUUCUGCAAAACCCAAAGGAUUAUCAAAUGCAAUUCUCAAAGCAGUGUCUAUGGGUGAUAUGCCUCUACUGCAGGAACUUAUAAGAGGCAUAAAUAUCAAUGAUGGAAAUGCAUCCUGUGGUACCAUCCUACAUCUUGCUGCAGAACACGGCCAAGUGUCAGUUAUAAACUUUUUGCUUCGUCAAGGAGCAAAACUGGAUUUGAGGGAUUGCUUAGGUCGCACUGCCCUCCACAAGGCAUCAGAGAUGGGGCACACAUCGGCUGUAGCGGCUCUUGUCAGGGCUGGAGCUGACAUCUAUGCCACAGACCAAUCCUCAAAAACCCCACAACAUUUAGCAGCACAAAAUUGUCAUGAGAACACAGUCAGAACACUGGUGCUGGAGGAAAGAAGAAGCUUCAAGAAAAAGACUACAUUCCUGCACAUGGCUGCGGUAGAUGAUGACUCUGUGCUGGCAGAAAUUUUAUUGAGAAAUGGUGCCUCAGUAGAUACCCGAGAUGGCCAGAGAAAGACGGCACUGUUCCAUGCCAUUAGCCAAGGAAAUGAGAAGACAGCUGCCGUGCUUCUUCAAGCUGGAGCUCAGGUAGAUUCUGGGAUUAUUGAGGCUGCAUUAGAACUAAACCAGAAACCUGUGCUGUCUCUGCUUCUGAAGAACAUUAAGACAGCAAUGUCUCAAAAUGAAGUACAAUCUAUUCUGUUCAAAGCAGUACAGAGGAACUUGGACAGGAUUGUAGCUGCUCUUAUUGAAAGUGGAGCUGAUGUUAAUGUGUGUAAUAACCUGGGUUACACACCACUGCUCCUAGCCAUAGAGCUGAACAAUUUGGAGGUCUUUAAAGUGUUGGUCUCAAAUAAAGCCCAGCUGGAUAAGAGACUACCUAAUCAGAUGUCUGCUCUUCACCUGGCCAUCCAAAGUGGCAGUACACCAAUGACAGAGAUAUUACUAGAUAUGGGCAUGGACCCCAACAUGAUUGGUCCCAAAGAGCAGAUGCCUCUUCAUCUUAGUGCCUUACACAACCAACCAGCACUGAUGACCCUGCUGCUCCACAAAGGGGCACAAAUCAAUGCAGUGACUCAGGAUGGGUUCACUGCCCUCCAUCUUGCUUGCCAAAGUGGACACAAGGAGGCUGUAGCCCAGCUGUUGGAAGGAAAGGCAGAUCUCCAUGCAAAGGACAGACAGGCUAGGACAGCGCUACACUGGGCUGCUGCUCAAGGUGAUGUAGACAUCAUAAAACUGCUUCUUUUUGCUGGCUCCAAUGUCAAUGAUGUUGAGAAAGAAAGAAAGACUCCAUUACACCUAGCAGCAAUGGCAGGACACACUCAGACCAUCUCAACACUGCUUACUGCGAAGGCAAAAGUUGCAGCCAAAGACAUGGAUGGAUGUACGGCUCUGCAUUACGCUGCCAGCAAUGGCCAUGUACGUGUGGCUGCUGCUCUCCUCAUCAAUUGUAGCAAUAAAAAUGUGAAUGACAGGAACGUUUGGAGGAGGACACCUCUACAUUUGGCUGCAGAACACGGGCAGGAGCUUGUGGUUGGUCUGCUGCUGGAAAGACAAGCCAAGAUUAAUGCCACUGACAAUAAUAAAGACAUGCCAUUACAUUGGGCCUGUCGAACAGGGCAUCUGGGUACAGUGCAAAAGCUGGUGAACUGGACUCAUGGGGAGAAAUUAAAACUCCAGGCUACUAACAAUGUGAAUAAAACACCACUGCAGGUAGCAGAAGCUGAGGGCACCCUAAACCAUCAGAACAUCGCUGUACUGCUGAAAAGGAAGAUGUUUCUUAUUAAAUAA